CUCAAAGCCUCCUCGUUUGCAGCAUGUUCCCAUGAUACGACAUGCAACUAGACGACGAGCGAAAAACAGGAAACGUUACUUAUUCUUCUCUUCAUUGGUAGUGGACUCUACGACUGCUUCCCGCAUCACCAAACUGAGUACAUUGCCGCGAACGACCUGCCAUUCAGGACGGCACCACCGGAGAGACAGCGAGGUACGCGGCGACGAAAUCACCAACAAGCCCCUCCAAAAGGAGGACUGUAAAGAGGCCUUAUGAAUCUCCUCAAGAGACUCGCCACCACCGUUAUUCAGGAUGCUGUGCAGCGGCCUCGAAAGGAUGCCCCAUUCGGACUCUCUGAGGCGUGGAAGCUUGGAGGUAGCUUGGAAGGGCUACGCUUUACGUGCGUAGCUUACGACCCAGCCCAGUCGCUCCUAGCGGCAGGAGCUAGUGAUGGGUCCAUAUUACUGGUCGGAAAUCAGUGGGAAUUCGUACUAGAUCCGGCACCCUCGCCUGAAGUGGAUGUACACGUCACCCACCUGGACUUCCGAGUUGGAAGCAAGUUCCUGAUAGCAGUUCGCGGCAACACGGUGCUCUCAGUUUACAAUCUGCAGACACUGGCAUUGCAAUUUCCAUCAGUGCAGUUGGAUGUUCGCGUUACAUGCAUUGAUGUACCUUCGAACAGCUCGUGGAUGUUCGUCGGACUUGCCGAUGGGCGAGUGGUGCUGUAUGAUGCGGAAUUGGGGCAGAGGUCGUUGUAUUCGAUACCGGCUCGUAACGCAGACGAAGCUCCCACUGAAGAGACUACCCAUGACCCUGUUGUGGCUAUCAGGGCGAGCCCCUCUGAUGCGAAUCUUUUGUUAUUGGGGUACCAGUCCGGCGUCAUGAUUUUGUGGGACAUCAAAGACCAGGCCGUACGAAGGAAGUUCGGUUUCGACAAAGGCGCCGAAGGUGGCAAGCUUACAAACGUUUGUUGGCAUCCGGAUGGCACGUUCUUUGCUGCAGCAACGGUCAGCGCGAUCGCAUUUUGGGAAACCCGCAGUCGAUGGCUCGACGGAUUGAAAGCUUCGUCAAUUACGAAGCCUACAAAGGUCCUAAAGCGAAAUGGUACUGAUGACGAGCUCAAACUGUCAACUGCAGUUGCGCGGCAGAGACUGCUCUGGUGGUCAGAAGUCAAGGGCGGCGGAAGCUUCCUAGUUGCCAAUGCGGCCACGGGCAUCGAGAAUUACAUAUGCGGUACCGAUAUCAGUUCCAUAAAGAGUUCUGGGAACAUACCACCGGAUGGAUGCGUACGCGAUUUCCAAGUCAUGCGAGAUCCUACCUCUGCAUCCGUAUUCCUGAUGACCAUUGAUAUUGAGGGCAUCCUUCAUGCAUCCCUGUUCAAUGAGGAUGUCUCGUCUCUACAUGUCGCUCCAUCGUUCGAACUGGCGACGCUACGCAGUCCAUCAACAGUAGCGAUGUCCGAAUGCUCAGAGUUCCUCGGAUGGGACAUCCGGAAGCUCGCUGAAACAGGUAACGCCAGCGGCCGCCUACCAUUGAACGGCGGAACCGUGGUGAACAAGAACGGGAAACAGCUGUUCGACGUUCUAUGCACGAAUCAUCUCGACCAGAAGUUGAGAUUCUGGAAACUAGGGAGACCUCCGGCCCUCCUGUUCGAAAUGCCGUGCGUCGAAGAUUCUCCCUCCGAGCCACUUGUGUCCAUGGAUUUAGACCAGCGGUUGCUAUUGGUCGCUAUAGGGCCUCACGUAACGACGUACCGUUGGGUGCUUGCAUCGGAGGUGAAGGAAGCAGAUCCGGAAGAAGACGCAGACGAGCUGAUGAGGAGAUUGGAUGCUACGGUUGAUGAGAUUCUGCGUCAGUCCGAGGAUAUCAACCAGUUGACUGGAAGAGAUGAUCGAACUGACCAGCAGGCUGAGGAAUUGGACUCCACCGAAGCAGCGCAUGACCGCGCUGAGAACCCUGAGUCCUCGACAAUUGAGGAGGAGCCAGAGGGCAAUGGCCAAAUAGCCGAUGAAUCGGCGGAAGCCGUCGGUAAAAAUCCCCCCCCUCCGGACUCGAAAGCAGCCGAUGACCUGGCAGAUGUCCCACCACCAUUAUCGAAAGACGAUAAAACAGGCCUACCAUCACCACCUGCUUCUUCGCCAAUUACCUAUAGAUAUGUCGAUGAUACGCCCACUGGACCGGGUUGGACCCCAUUCCUCCAUUACGAUCAUGAAGAACCCGUUCAACUGAUGACUUUUGCCCCGUUGUGUGAACUCCUGGUAACCACGACUGCGGGAAACAAUCUUCAUGUCAUGCGCGGCCGAUCGAUAACGACAACGACGGUGACCACAUCAACUUCCACAUCUUCUCAAGAACAGAGUGAUGCGAAUGCGGAGAUCGUCAUGGUCCAAGUCGGUUACACGUACUAUAAGGAGGAACCAUCCCCUAGGACGUGCAUCUUCGUUUUCACCUCGGCGGGUGCAUGCAUACAAUACAAAGUCGCCGACGAUUCGGAGGGACGGAUAACGCUGGAAGGAUGCACCAUCCACCAGCCCAACAACAACACCACCCAAAUAGCGGUAUGCAUGUUCAUUCUGGAUGAAGGCGGCCGCCUCGUUCGCCCGGGCACAUCGCGGACGGGCAGCGAGCAGUCGCCCGAGAACUAUGUGGCCAUGUGCUUCUCGAACUCCACAGCGGUGUACCUUCUCCAUCCGGAAGAAGGACGAUCGCUCUUGGCGUCUUGCGAGUCGCGGGAGGAAGGCGUGAAGGCUGGGUUGUGCUUUAUUGGUGGCGAUCCUGUCUUGAUACGCAUUACGGCUACCGCCACGGUAGAAGCGUUGGAACUACCAGGGUUGAGGCUGAUUUGGCGGGCCCAAUUGCCUCUUGUGACGCCCGACGCACGACGCCUACGAGAAACACUAAUCAUCAAAGACGGGCGACUGGUCAUCUGGACGGACGAGCGAGAGUUCCGCAUGUUCUGCAUCACGAAGGAUACUUCUCGCAUCCCAGAAAUUCAAAUCCGCGCAUACGAGCUCACGAAAGCAAUGGAGUGGUCGCGGCAGACUAAAGGUUCUGCGACAUCAUCGACGAGAAAUCGGGAACAUGACCAACUGUUCAAGCCACGAUCAGACCUGCAACAACCCACAUCACAUGCCCGCACAACCGGCGUGCGCGAAGGAGGAGCCGCGUCCACCGCGGAUUCGCCGUUUGCACGAGCUACACAGGCGUUGAACGAGCGAGGCGAGAAGCUCAACCAGCUGGAAGCCAAGUUUGGCGAUUUGGAGGACGGAUCGAAGACAUUUUUGGACACGAUCAAGCAGUACAACGAUAGACAGGUACGAACUGGUUAGGGAUGCUCUUUGAACGAAGAUCCUAGGUGAGCUCACUUCCACAAUGAUGAUGUCGUGAUCUUGGAAACGUUCAGGCGAAGAAGAAAUGGUGGCAGCCAUAAUUCCCUGACCCAUCCCCGGCGUACUUUCCACACUCUUGUCCCCAUCCUACACCCCAUUUCCAACCAUCCCAUAAUGACUCUUGCUCCCUCCAUCCGUAUGAACUCCCGACGACAUAAUGCACCUUCUCCCAUCCCGAGUCCAUCAGCGGCCAGCCCCCAGAGUUGCGGAUAUCGACGAUGUGUUGGUGUGACUUCAAUGUACCGCAAUGAGAAAGAUAAUGAAAGAGAAAAAAUGCAAUAUGCAACAGAGA